AUCCUCUUUCGUUCUGCUGUGACAGCAGCUUCCAUCAACCAGGAGGAAGCGUCAGUUCCCAUGGGGAUGUUAUCUGCUUCCAUUUCAAGCGCGGAGGCCGAGGGGAAGCGGAACGCCGACGGGCCGCGGCGGAGGAGACCGCAGGAGAAGACUUGCGCUUCGCCCUCGGGGCUGCAGGUGCACGCGGGCCUUCUGGAGAGUCAAGCCCCCAAGGAGCGCCCUGCCGCCCUCACUUCGUCCGAAGGCCUCCAACUUCCCACGCACGCGCCCACGGGAGACACGCCGAAGUCAAAGCUCCUCAUUCACAGCCGCACUCGUACGGGAGAUCGACAGUACAGCUGCGACGUGUGCGGGAAGGCAUUUAGCAGGAAAGCAAACCUCGCCUCUCACAUGCGCACGCACACAAGAGAACGCCCGCACAACUGCAGCGUGUGCUUUACUGCAUUCAGCGAAAAACAGCACCUCGCCUCUCAUAUGCUCACGCACACGGGAGAACGCCCGCACAAUUGCAGUGUGUGCGGGAAGGCAUUCAGCCUGAAAUCAAACCUCAUCACUCAUAUGCGCAUGCACACGUGCGAACGCCCAUACAGUUGCAGCGUGUGCAGGAAAGCAUUUAGCCGAAAACAGCACCUCGCCUCUCACAUGCGCAAUCACACGGGAGAACGCCCCCACAGCUGCAGCGUGUGCGGUAAGGCAUUCAGCCAGAAAUCAAACGUCAGGACUCAUAUGAUCACGCACACGGGCGAACGCCCACACAGUUGCAGCGUGUGCGGUAAAGCAUUCAGCGAGAAAUCAACCCUCGUCAAUCACAUGCGCACGCACACGGGAGAACGCCCGCACAGUUGCAGCGUGUGCUCCAAGGCAUUCAGCCAUAAAUCAAACCUCGCCACUCAUAUGCGUACGCACACGGGAGAACGCCCGCACAGUUGCAGCGUGUGCGGAAAGGCAUUCAGCCAGAAACAUAAACUCCUCAUUCACUACCACACUCACACCGGAGAACGCCCGCACAGUUGCAGCGUGUGCGGGAAGACAUUCAGCGAGAAACAUAAACUCCUCAUUCACAACCGCACUCACACCGGAGAACGCCCGCACAGUUUCAGCGUGUGCUCCAAGGCAUUCAGCCAUGAAUCAAACCUCGCCACUCAUAUGCGUAUGCACACGGGAGAACGCCCGCACAGUUGCAGCGUAUGCGGGAUGGGAUUCAGCCAGAAAUCAAACCUCAUCACUCAUAUGCGCAUGCACACGGGAGAACACCCGCACAGUUGCAGCGUGUGCUCUAAGGCAUUCAGCCAUAACUCAACUCUCGUCUCACAUUUGCGGACGCACACGGGAGAACGCCCGCACAGUUGCAGCGUGUGUUCUAAGGCAUUCAGCCAUAAAUCAACUCUCGUCUCACAUUUGCGGACGCACGCGGGAGAUCACUGA